CCGGCACGGAAGUAAAACGGCACAAUUUAAAUUGAUGCAGCACUGGAAGGUCAGGUAUUACCCAUGGAUGUUGAAUUACAACAUACCAAAUACGGCAAAUAAAUCCAUUACUUACUCUGCAUGCCUCACUCGCUCGUAGUAAGUUGAGUGGACUGUUACAACCGGCUUACGGAACGACGUAUGAGCCGACGGCGUCAGACAGAUUGAUUUUAAUAAGGUAGUACAGUAGCACGAUCAUCUCAUACGAUGGCUGGUUCAAAAUGCACGCGGCUGAACGGCGCCCUGAUCAAGCAGGUCCUGGACAGCGUAGACAGCGUCCUGUUCGACUGCGACGGGGUCAUCUGGCGAGGGGACAGCGCUGUGCCCGGUGCAGCGGAGGUGAUCAAUCUACUCAAGAAACACGGCAAGAACGUGUAUUUUGUCACCAAUAACAGCAGCAAGACCAGAAAGCUGUACGCGCAGAAAAUGGGACGCAUGGGAUUUAACGUGAAAGAGGAGGACGUUUUCGGCACCGCGUACUGCACGGCUAUGUAUCUCAAGACGGUCGCUAAUUUUAAGGGCAAAGUGUAUCUUAUCGGAAGCAAUGCGUUGAAGCAAGAGCUGGAAGAUGUGGGCAUACAGCAAACUGGUGUGGGACCUGAUCAUAUAUCUGGCGCGCAGAGUGAUUGGGCCAAUGUAUCCCUGGACGCGGAGGUCAAGGCGGUUGUGGUGGGCUUUGACGAGCACUUCAGUUACAUGAAGGUUAACAGGGCCAUGCAGUACCUCAACGAUCCCAGUUGUCUAUUCGUCGCGACCAACACAGACACCAGACUACCGCUGGAAGGUGGCAAGGCUGUCCCAGGUACGGGCUGCCUGGUGACCGCGGUGGAGAUGGCGGCCCAGCGGCAGGCGCAGAAGGUGGGCAAGCCCAACGGCUUCAUGGUGGACUGCGUGGCGUCGCAGUGCGGCCUGGACCGCAGCCGCUGCAUGAUGGUGGGCGACCGCCUGGACACUGACAUCAUGCUCGGCACCAACUGUGGCCUGAAGACGGUGCUCACCCUGACGGGGGUGAACACGCUGGCGGACGCCCAGGCCCACCAGGGCAGCGGGUGUCCCGAGAGGCAGAAGAUGGUCCCCGACUACUACGUGGAGAGCAUCGCCGAUCUCCUGCCCUUUCUCCAGGGGUAGGCGCCUUGGAUAACGGCCCCUCUGGUCAACUCCCAUCCUGCCCUGCUGUGGUCGACGGUAGCUCAUGCGGUCCACUGUUGUGAUACAUGGUGAAGUUCAUCUCUUUGAUGCAAAUUGAUCUCUUUAAUGCACCUGCUUAUGUUUAAUGCUAUUGCGCCGGUGGUGUGGGGUGGUUAUGCCCAAUCAUCACGCAACACCAAUCAGCCAAUAGCUAUCAACCUAGCGCUGCUAAUCUGUGGUUUGACGUGAGCUGUUGUAAUUUGAGACCUAAGGGAGGCUAGAGAGCUUUACGAAAAAAAUCCCACACAUAUUCAACUCCAACUGUUUCAGUAUCAAUUGACUGAUCGACAACACGUGAACAAUGUGCAGUAUUGUUUUUUUUAAUCAAAUUUAGCGUGUGUUUCUUAAAAUGACAAAAGGUGUUGUGUGUACUCUCCGUUCUUUUUCUGUGAUGCAAUCACUACAUGCUUAAGCAAUGAUGUCGAUGUGCUGAUGGAUUUCUCAAGUUGUGUGGUUGAAGCUGACCAGUUUGGUUGGUUUCAAUCAAGUGAUGUGUCACUACUAGACAGACACAGUGACUAGAGUGCAUCAUCAUAUAAUUAUCUUUUAAAGUAUGUACAAAUUUGUUCAAACUAAUAACACAGGAUAUAGCUAUAUUAAAGUGUCUAUUCACAAAUGAAAUUGGAGCGGGUAAUGUUGUAAGCACUGUUUGCAUGUGUAAUUAUUAAAGAACAAUAUAUAUAUUCUAGGGAGAUAUUGCUAUUUUAAAGGAGUUUGUAUUUUUCUCUCUGUUGUCAGUCAUCCUCCAUCCUUGUCUCCUCAAGCCAUCCAGGAGCAAACUCACUGAUCAAAUUCACAAAAUAAAACCUCUACUUUUAUUUAAAAAAACAAAUCUA